GCUUAAGGUCUAAGGGGUUUUGAGAGAAAUCAUGCCUCCGAAGAAGAAAACAAAAAAGACCACAAAAAAGAUUCCAGAAAAAUGUGAAAAUGACUUGGAGGCAAAGUACAGACGCAGUAUUCUGGAUAUAGCCGUCCUACAAGAUCACAUUGCUUUACAGUGUGAGUCUGUAGUAAAGAUCCAGUCUGAUAGAGUUGACCUGAGAAGACACAUGACAAACAUGGAGCAGAAGCUGCAGCUGGAGAGACAAGACCACAGGGACUUCAACUCUGACCUCAGACUGCAGUACAAAACCAUGCAGACGGAGCUUAGCAGUAAGGUAAAGAGGCUGGAGAAAGAAGUCAGCCAGCUGAAAGAGGAGCUUGUGUUGUGUCAGGAUGAACUCAAGAGAGAGAAGAGAGAACGAGAGCAGGUUGAACAGAGGAAGGACGCCAUCAUAUCUGACCUCCAUCACAAGCUGAACAACAUGGAAACAGACUAUGAGAAGAUCCUGCAUGAGACUCUAGACAGCCUGACUCCCCAGCUUUCUGUGGCUGGACAAGGAUGGAAGGGUGAGAGUGCAGAGCUUCAUCAGGAUCACAAGGAGCUGCUCUUCGAAUUUGGCCUGAGUGCCCUCAACAUCUAAGAGACAGACAUGACACAUUUUGUCCAAACCAAAGUGAUCCCUGCAACAUUAUCCAUUUCAGCUCAUGAUUUAGGGUGUCUAAAAGGGGUGGCUGUUGUUUCCAUAUUUCAUCAUCGCAGCAGAAAACAGGCGGAUCUAUUUAUGCAUGCAUUUACAGCUUACCCUUUAGUGAGUGUAAUGUUGUAC